CCGGCAGAUGAACUCACAGUUCGGAUCUGACCGCGCAUGCUGAGGAGACUGUCCGUCCAUCAGUGGUGAUGGCUGCGCGCGCUCUGAGCUGCACUCUGACUCUGUUGGUGUGUUCAGGAGUGUGUCUGAGUCAGGAUCUGGUGUUACCUGCCAGGCUGAUUGGAGCAGUUGGAGGGAACGUGACGUUUGACCCAGUCAGUCUUCCUCCUCCACCAUACAAUCUGGUCAGUUGGAGUUCAAAAGAGAUGGUCAUUAUUACUGCACUUGGUGAUGCAGUGUCGGUAGUGCCUGCAUACAGAGGCAGAGUCAGUCUGGACAUUAACACUGUGGCUCUGGAGCUCAGGACUCUGCGUAUGGACGAUGCUGGAGCGUAUACUCUGAGUAUAAACGGAGAAACAGAUACCUACACAGCGGAAACUACACUGGAUGUGUUUGAUGUAGAUAUUGGCCAGAGUCUGGUGUUGCCUGCCAGGCUGGAUGGAGAGGUUGGAGAGAACAUGGUGUUUAGGCCGACCAGACUUCCUUCUGAUACAUAUGACGUGAUCACCUGGAGGUUUGGUGGGGCAAGUGGAAGGAUCGUUAUUAGAGUAACUGAUGGAACAGUUUCAACACCACGACCUGAAUACAGUGACAGAGUCAGUCUGGACACAAACACUCUGGCUCUGGAGCUCAGGAAUCUGACCAUGGAUGAUGCUGGACUGUAUGUUCUGAUUAUUGAUGGAAAUACAGCCUCCUACACAGCAGAAACUACACUGGAAGUCUUUGAAAAAGUAUCUGGAGCUGUCCUCAUUGGUCCAACAGCUCCUGUAAUAGAAGGCAACUCUGCCGAUUUAACCUGUGAUGCGAGCGGGACUAUCAUCACUACAGAAUGGAUGAAGGAUAAUCAGAAGCUGUCUCCUAGCAACAACAUCAUAUUCUCAGCUGAUAACAGAUCAGUGUCGAUCAAAUCAGUGAGCAGAACAGACGAUGGUGAAUACCGGUGCACUCUCAGCAACCCUGUCAGCUCUGUUACUGCAGUGUUCACCAUGACUGUUAACUAUGGACCUGAUAAUGUGAGAAUUGAUGGGCCCAGUGAAGUGGAGGAGGGAGGAUCUGUGGAGUUCCGGUGCUCUGCUGAUUCUGUACCAGAACCCAGAUACACAUGGACAUUUGAUGGAACAAAUACUGGAGACACUACAGCCUCAUUCACAGUGAAGCAGGUCAAUUUCUCUAACAGUGGAAUUUACACCUGCACCGCCCGGAAUAACGUCACCGGACACGAAACCUCAGCAUCCCAUACUUUGGCAGUAAAAGAAAAGGGGAGUGUGAGUGGAGGUGGAGCGCCGCUCUCUGCAGGAGCUAUAGCUGGGAUUGUCAUUGGAGUUUUAUUGGGAGUCGCUCUAGUUGCUGGUUUGACUGUCUACUUUACAAAAUGCGCAGGAAGGCCAAACUCAAGCUCCAGAGGAGUUAAGCAGAAUGGAGCAACACAAAGUGGAGGUGAACAAGAGCACCACUAUGAGGACGUUCUAUAUUUCAAGAAUAUUCAGCCCAGCAGAACUCAUAAACAGGAAUCAGUAUAUGAAAACACUAAAAGACCAUCUGUGGUCUGUUCUCACAGCUCAGAUCUGAGCGCGCGUGCUGAGGAGACUGUCUGUCCGUCAGUGGUGAUGGCUGCGCGCGCUCUGAGCUGCACUCUGACUCUGUUGGUGUGUUCAGGAGUGUGUUUGAGUCAGGAUCUGUUAUUACCCACCAGCCUGAAUGGAGCAGUUGGGGGGAACGUGACGUUUGACCCGAUCACAAUUCCUCCUCCACCACGUGAUCCGAUCAGCUGGAGUAUUGGUGGAUCAACCAUUAUUACUGCAGUUGGUGGUACAGUUACAGUAUGGCCUGUAUACACUGGCAGAGCCAGCAUGGACAUAAACACUCUGGCUCUGGUGCUCAGUAAUCUGAGUAUGGCAGACGCUGGAGGAUAUACUCUGACUGUGAAUGCCAGGAGUAAACAAACUACACUGGCAGUGUUUGAGCCGGUCUCCAACAUUACAGUAACACAGAAUGAGACAGAGCUUGUUGAAUUUAACAGGACUGUCAGACUCGCUUGCUCCGCCUCUGGCUCCUCCCUCUCAUUCUCAUGGCUGAAUGGAAGCUCUGAGGUAAAAGUUGGGGGGCGAGUUCAGCUGACCAAUGGGAACAGAACUCUGACCAUUACCAGUGUGAGCAGAGAUGACACAGGGCCAUACAGAUGUGAGGCAUCCAACGUCAUCAGCAAUGAAACAAGUCGCCCUUUAACCCUCACCAUCUACUAUGGUCCAGACAGUGUUUCUGUUAAAGCAGAACCUUUAAAAACCAUCUACAGCUCUGGGUCUGACCUCACACUGACCUGCUCAGCUGAGUCCAGCCCUGCUGCUGAGUUUCAGUGGGCUGUGAAUGGAGCAGUGCUGAGUACAGAGGGUCCAGAGCUCAAACUUACCAACAUUCAGACCAGUCAGAGUGGCAGCUUCACCUGCACAGCCCAUAACAGCAAGACCCUGAGAUACUCCACAUCUGAACCCACCCACAUCACUGUAAUGGAAAAAGUAUCUGGAGCUGUCCUCAUUGGUCCAACAGCUCCCAUAAUAGAAGGAAACUCUGCUAAUUUAACCUGCAAUGCGAGUGGGACUAUCAUCACUACAGAAUGGAUGAAGGAUAAUCAGAAGCUGUCUCCUAGCAACAACAUCAUAUUCUCAGCUGAUAACAGAUCAGUGUCGAUCAGAUCAGUGAGCAGAACAGACGAUGGUGAAUAUCGGUGCACUCUCAGCAACCCUGUCAGCUCUGAUACUGCAGUGUUCACCAUGACUGUUAACUAUGGACCUGAUACUGUGAGAAUUGAUGGGCCCAGUGAAGUGGAGGAGGGAGGAUCUUUGAAUUUCCGGUGCUCUGCUGAAUCUGUACCAGACCCCAGAUACACAUGGACAUUUAGUGGAACAAAUACUGGAGUGACUACAGCCUCAUUCACAGUGAAGCAGGUCAAUUUCUCUAACAGUGGAAUUUACACCUGCACCGCCCGGAAUAACGUCACUGGACGCGAAGCCUCAGCAUCCCAUACUUUGGCAGUUAAAGAAAUAGGGAGUUUGAGUGGAGGUGGAGGUUCACUGUCUGGAGGAGCUAUAGCUGGGAUUGUCAUUGGGGUUUUAUUGGGAGUCGCUCUAGUUUCUGGUUUGAUCGUCUACUUUACAAAAUUCGCAGGAAGGCCAAACUCAAGCUCCAGAGGAGUUAAGCAGAAUGGAGCAACACAAAGUGGAGGCGAACAAGAGCACCACUAUGAGGACGUUCUAUAUUUCAAGAAUAUUCAUCCCAGCAGAACUCAUAAACAGGAACCAGAAUAUGAAAACACUAAAAGACUAUCUUGAUGGACUCAGCAGAAUCAGGACACCUGAAGAGGAUAUUGACUUCUCACCAGCUGACAUGGUCAGAGAGGAAGACCUUUGUCUCUACGCUGACCUGCUGUUAUCAAUGUGUCAUUUAAAGCCAGGUGUAGACUUUUACUAUUUGUUUUGUAAUUAUAUUAGUGUAUUUGUUUAUAUGAUGUUUGUAUGAUGUUUGUUUGUGAUACUUAUUUAUAAUAUUUUUCUUUAAAAGUUGUGAUAAAGGGCUUUAUUCGUCAAUGUUGUGUGAAAACAACGUAUUGCUUCCCGAUGCGGUUGGGAACUCUGUAGUGAUGCAACAGAAGAUUUUUUUUGCAAUUUUUAUGUACUAUGUGCUUCACAGCUUGCAUGGUCUAGCGCUUGCAUGGCUGAGCUGUUGCUCCGAGAUGCUUCCAUUUCACAAUAAUAGCACUUACAUUUGACUAUUAGCAAUUAGUUAACAUUUUAUCUAUUAACAUACAUUAUUUUUUUAUUAUGAACUUGACACAAUGUUGCCUUGUACACAUUCCAGUCUGAUUUUAGGGCUGGUCAAAGUACUGUCCCUGCUUUUUCUCCGGUUGUAAACUUUAUUACUUAUGCUUCAGAUAAUAAACUUCACUGUGGAGCCUA